UUUCUUCCUUAGGGCCAAGGAUAUCGACCAUAAGCUAAUUACUAUGCUUUCCAGUUCUGGGAAACGAGUUGAUGAUGUUAUGGUCAUUGUCCAGGGUAACUGGGAAUUUGGCGAAGGGGAGGAUCACGUCAACCCUAUUCCUAGAUGGAAGGGCGAGUCAGGUGGCCGAUUGCCUUCUCGCUUUUAUUAUUUGUUCAUUUUUGUUGUAAAGCCUCUUCUUUGAAAUGUUACGGCUUGGCUUGUGCAAGGAACGAUUUGAAGAAAGUCCUGUCCUCGACUGACGACGCUGUUCUUUCGGAUAUCAAAGUCGCGCUCAAGUAUUUCGGCCGUCGAAGUCUUCAAAAACAAGGGAGGGCGGCCCACAUUCUGCUUCGUUACGAGCCGACAUAUACGACCUUCUUGGCGGCGGAAAAUAUCCCGGUUCCGGAGGGUGAAGAUUCUCUUAUCGCUCUUAUUUUGUCCGACUUCAAAAACUUAAGGCAGGUUGGUUUUGAAGGGUCUGAUUCGGAGCGAGGUGUAGCUAAUAUUACCGAAUCAGAUCAGUACGAAACCGAGUUUGACGAGGUAAUGAAUUCGGCCGAUCCUCCAUCCACUUCGGGCCGGGGGGAUCUUUCUCUUGAUGGCAUUUUUCACUGCUUAGAGGAUCUUCCUGCCGCAGGCCCCGAAGACAUGGCCAGGUUAAGCCUGACAAAACUUGCCAGGAAGGCGAAUGCGAAAAGGUUCGCCGCGCGGCGAAGAGCGAAGGCCCUUCCGUCUGAAGUACCACCCGCCACCGAAUCUCAACUCUCCCUGCCUGUUAGCGAAUCAGAGUCCUUGCGCGUUAUUGAGGUGGAGACGACAAAAAAUCGCAAUGCCGAAUCUACUUUGAUCGUGCAGGCCGGCCAAGAAGUUGAGGAAGAGGCAGAGAAACGCCCUGCCGAGUUUGAGGCCGGCUCAGAAGAACAAGGCGGCAAACGUCCUUGAUUAGAGGGAUCAAAUGUGAUCGUUCCUUUUGUCAUUCAGCCGAUGAUAAAAAACAUGCCGGUUUCUUCUGAUGCUUCGGCGCUUAAAGAUGCAGAAGUCGUAUUCAGCUUGGCUACGUCCGUGUCAUUGCCGUCUGACAAGAAGGCUUUCCGGGUGGAACCAAAUCUGAAUGCGACAGCACUAGCCGCCCAAUCGGCACUUUUGGUACAUAUUCAGACCUUGCUUCACUUAAUCCAAAUGCUGUUGAAAUUAUGGUUUUAAAUUCUUGUUUUGCAGACCGACAGAAGGAUAGCCGAUAUGGGCCAUCGCCAUCACGACGCCGUCAAACAGAUUGGUCGUUUACGAAAGAAAGUUGAGGGCCAGAGGAGAAGGGUCGAAGUCGAAGCUUUGAGGGCAAACAAGGAAGCCUCAAGGGCCGAGGCUAAGGUGGAGAGGGCUCGUAGCGCAGAUCAAUUGAGAUCAGAUGCCAAGAAGGAGGCGGACGCGAGCGAAGAUGCGCUCAAAUUAGCCCAGAAGGCGGUCUCCAAACUGGAGGCUGAGUUGGCUGAAAUGAAGGCGGCGAAGGAAACAGCCGACUCGGAGGCUUCCAAAGUAUUCGAG